CCCACCCAGUUUAUAUUUUGUUCUAAAGCAGAAGCUAAGUGGGAUAGAAGUGUUUUCACCCUCAUUCUUAAUCUAAGCAAGCUAUUUAGUGUUCUUUUGUGUUCACAGCCCAAUCUUUGUAGCAAGAAAGCUAAGCCCAUAGGUAACGCUUGUAGGAAAAGAACUUGCCAGCAAAGUCAACCAAUGUCCUAAAAGAUUGCAUGAAGACUCUCUAAUAAAUAUUGUUCCCAGAAAAUAAAAAAUUGUGAAGUGUGUGAUGGUAAUUCCAUAUAGCAUAUCUACAUUCUAUGUGUAUAUUCACAUUUUCAUUAGUGGUAUUUGGGGUUUGGAAUAAUCUGGAUCCAACAUCUGGUUUACUUGGAGCAGGUAUUAUAAUAUUGUGGAGCAUAAUGUUAAGCUACUUAAAAGUAGAUCUUUUGGAUGAUGGAUUAGUUUUGAACUAAUUCAUGGUUGAUGCUCACAACUGGAAGUCCAAAGACAUGAAUUUAGUCCCUGCUCCUCCAGAGCUGAUCUUGGGUACAUAUUGCCCACACAAGUGAACCAGCACUCACUUCAGGGCUUCUUGAUUGGUGGGUAUCUACGAGGACACCAGUAGUGUAGGGCUUCUCUAAGGAUAUCGCUUGAAAAUAGGAACCUAGCAUCUCAGGUUGGGUGUGCUGACUAUCUGUUUUAAUAAACUUCAGCUGUUACCAUUCCCUAGUUUAAAUUAAGUGUAUAUUUAGAUGGAUAGUUAUGAUUUCUUAGUCAUUGUUCGUGAGGAGCUUUACAAUUGCUGGGUAAGAGAUUUGACAUAAAUGUAAAGUAUUACUCAUUUCAUUAUAUUGAAAGUUAAAUAUACCUCCAGUUUUGGGUGCAGUCUAACAUUCAAGUCACGGGAGUCUCCUGAUAGCAAAGGAAUUUGCUUGGCAGCGUUAUCCCCAUAACUCCAGUUUGCUCUUGCUCUGAUAAAGCUGGUUCACAAAAAAAGCAACAUGAUUAUUUGUCUCUUUCAUCUUCAGAAUUUGCCACAAACAGUAAUCCUCUUAGAAGAGUGUUUGCUAAUUCUGUUUAAUGAAGGGGAAGAAAUGACAAUGGCUUACAGAUCUGUAUUGAAAAAAUGAGCACUGCAGUACUGGGGUUGAGUUCUGUCUCCUAGAGCCCCAUUUGCUAUCCAGUGAGCAUUAGUGCUUACUUUAAGGGAGCUUUUUUAAAACAGCAAAACAACUUGGAUUUAUUAGGUGGGGUUUACCCCAUAUCAUCUGGGACAGCUUGAGUUUCGGUGGCACCUCAUGUAGAUGUGACAGUACAUCUGCAGUCACCUAUAUCAGGCCUCCCCCAGCUGAGAUCAGAGAUCCGUCUACUCCAGACAGCUGUGUACCCUCUACUCUAGCAACAGCCUUAUCGUGGAAUCCCCUUUUAGAUGCUUGUUCUUAGGAAUAGCUGCUUAGCUUUCAGCACAGUAACAUGUUUCUGUGUUUGCCUAGGGCCAAAGAAGGCGUCAUUUUCAAUAAAUACACCAAUAAGGGGGCUGGUAUCUUCAGCUAGCAGACCUCGUGAAGACAGUUGGUUAAAAUCGCUGUUUGUUCGCAAAGUCGAUCCAAGGAAAGAUGCUCACUCCAACCUUCUAGCCAAAAGAGAGACCAGCAGUCUGUAUAAACUACAGAUUCACAAUGUAAAACCAGAAUGUCUAGAGGCCUACAACAAGCUUUGUCAAGAGGUGCUGCCAAAGAUUCAUGAAGAAAAACACUACCCAUGUGCACUGGUGGGGACUUGGAACACGUGGUACGGAGAGCAAGAUCAGGCUGUUCAUCUGUGGAGAUAUGAGGGAGGCUAUCCAGCUCUCAAUGAGGUCAUGAGUAAACUCCGUCAAAAUAAGGAAUUCACAGAGUUUCGCAAAGAAAGAGGUAACAUGCUUCUCUCACGCAAGAACCAAUUACUGUUGGAGUUUAGUUUCUGGAAUGAACCUGUUCCCAGAGAGGGGCCCAAUAUUUAUGAACUGAGAUCCUAUCAACUUAGACCUGGAACAAUGAUUGAGUGGGGAAAUUACUGGGCUCGUGCAAUUCGUUUCCGACAAGAUAAUAAUGAAGCAGUUGGAGGAUUUUUCUCGCAAAUUGGGCAGCUGUAUAUGGUUCAUCACCUUUGGGCUUACAAAGAUCUCCAAACCAGAGAAGAUAUAAGGAAUGCUGCAUGGCAUAAACCUGGCUGGGAUGAGCUAGUCUAUUACACAGUGCCCCUUAUUCAGGAAAUGGAGUCCAGAAUCAUGAUACCAUUGAAGAUUUCUCCACUUCAGUAAAAUCACUUAUUUACUUGUGCCUACAUAGAUACAGUGACAAGUAUUUGUCUUAAAUUAAUAUAUGGUAUACAUUGUAUAUCAUAGUCUGAAAUAUAAAAGUACUGUAUUGAGCUUAUAAAAGAAACCUCUUUUCUUCAGAUUCUAAUGACCUUUUGCUCUUAGGAUUGUACCAGACUAAAAAGAAAUACAGGGCUGUAAAUAAAAGGUGGGUUAAUUGAAAACGAGUACAAAGACAUGUGAGUUCCUCUGUGAGACAGCCCCUCAAGUUAAGUACGACCUACAGUAUUUAGUAUCUUCUGCCACACAGACAAUGCCCAGUGUUCAGUAACAGCAACAGAAUGGAGUGUUAGAGUUGCUGUGGGCUUUGUGUAGCAUUAUAACGACUGCAGAUUUUAAAAACAAAUGGGGGAGUUCUGAAAUUAGAAGUUCUGAAGCCCUCAGAUUGCAUUGAAAUACACGUAGCUGUUCUAGCAGGCCUGAAAUCAGUAAGUAGCUCUUAAUUUACAAAUAGGCAGCCAUUAAUGGAGGAUGAUACUGUUUGUCAGGUGAUAGCUUAUAGUCAGAGAACAGGGCAUUCUGUUUUGCAAAGACUCUGAAGCCCAUUGAAACUAAUCACACAUUUGUGUAGAUAUCUACACCUGAAAUUAAUUUUGUGAAGUAUGACAUACAGUUUUUGAAGAGACACUGACAAGACUUGGUUGUCCGAACAUUCUGCAGGGAAUGAGGUUCAGUUAAAUACAUUUAUCUCUAUAAACAACUGGGAAGUUGAGGAAAAGGGGUUUAAUUUAGUAAGCAUUCAUGACUUCAGACAUAUGCUUGGUUGGGUGUUUCACUAACUGUACAGUAGGUGCUUACAAAUCAAUGUGUGAAACUGGUGCAUGUUGAGUCAGUAGGAUUGGCAGAAAGCGCUGUACCGUUAUGUACAGUUCUAUUUUGGUUUCACUCUUAGACUAGAAUGUAUCAACACUUUUGGCGUCUGCAAUUAUGUGAACAUCCUGUAUGUGAAAAUAAUAUUCUCUCUUUAAAGUGGCUACAAGAAUCGGUGUAACAUACUGAAUGUACAAAUCAGUUACUGAAUGUCCAGUUUGUACGUUUCAACGAGUUUUCAGGAAGAACAUACUAGUCAGUGAAGUCCUUUUAAUUUUCACAUUCUACUGGCACCUUAUAUGUAUUGCACCAUCUGUGUUUUCUCUCAUCUUGAAGUGUUUAUUACGGAAAAUUUUAAUAAUUGCAUAGAAUAUUUCAGCUUAGUUAGCCCAUAUCGCUUCUCUGUGUCAGAGACAGCAUUCCCCAAUAUUCUGCUCUCCUUCCCCAAAAUGAAUUUACAAUAUCUCCAUUAUAUCCCAUUUUGCUGAGUGUUCUAGUGUUCUAUCUAUUGUGAUAAAUACAAAAUAUUUUUCCUUUUGAUUUUUCUCCACAAAUUACACUUAAUUUUUCAAGUCUGAUUUCUUCUUUUCCUCCUAUGUGAAAUACACUGCGCUCUUGCCUUUGCUUGAAUUUCAUCUUGAACAAAGUCAAUGUUUGAUCUGAUUCUUGUCUGUUCUCAUAUUUUCCCCCUGUUGUCAACUGAUUAUGGGAAUGUACUGAGGAAAAUUCUGUACUAUAUAUUAGCUUCAAGUUCUCGGGCUGGCUUACUCAGUGGACCAAGUAAAUCAUUUCAGCUGUUCCUUCUUGUAAAUCAGUCACAAGCAGUACUAUCAUCUGGGGCUGUCAUUUUUACAGACUUUUGGGACUGCUGUUUAGCUGCAAAAGGAAAAAAAAAAAAGGAUGACAAUAUCAGCUUCCAGUCCUUGUUAAUUCUCCCAGUAUCAUCCCAUAUUUCUUGUUCCUAAUUGUCCUUGUAAUUUAUCCCUCAUAGCCAGUAAUCUCAGAGACAAAAGGCGAAAAAACAUUUUUGGAGUUAUGGGAUGUUGUGGGUCCUGAUGCAGUCUGUGUAUUCUUACCUUGAGCUAGGAUCACUAGGAAUUAAGUUCAGUCAGGCAGAGCUCUUGUUGUUUAAGGACCAUGAAGUUUUGCAUGAAGAAGAAAUCUAAGGAAUAAAUGGAUGUUCUGCAGGGUGACGUCAUGGGGCACAAAUCUCUUUUGGUCUUUAAAUGCUACCUAAGAUGAAUUCCCACCAGUUGUGUAUUAUGAAUGUGCCUCCUGUCGUUCUGAGCUUCAAACUCAUGCUCUGGCUGUCAUCAGAGAGAGAUUGGUUCCUGUUAUUUUAGUUACAGAUAACUAUGUAAACUCGCCGAACAUAACGCAGUAGGUAAAUAAGCAGUGCCAAUCUUUUUCUUGCUUUUCUUUGCCUGAGCCCUUUCUAAAGUUGAUUUCCCUUGUUGCAAAAACUGUUGUGAUUUUUUUUUUUCCCCCUCUUAAUUUCAUGGCCAAGUCUGCCUUCUUCCUUUGACUAGCAAUACUUCAGCAUUUCUUAGAGCAGAAUUUGUAGAGUUCAGAACUGAAGUCACUUUCCAAUGGUUGGAAAGUGGGGAAGAGUGUCUGGAAGGGUCUCUGGUAAUUACCAAUUCUUGUUCCACUGUAUUGAAGACAAGUUAAAACUCAAGUUUAGUUGUCCUGUAGUCUUCCU